AUGAACAAGAGAGUAAAAAGAGUCUUUGUGCUAAUUCGAUUAUCAAUUAUACAGAGAACCUUUAUUGCCCGUGAUGAGCCAGAAGAAGACCGCUUAUCAGCGCGAGCAGUCCGACGUGCACGAUUUGAUCUAGAACGCGAGGAAGAGGAUGCUUUCGAUGCCCACGAGAUGGCAGCACGACUCAAAGAGCGCCAUCGACGUCGUCCACUGCGGAUGGCAACUGAUACAGCCAUUCCGGCUGUAUUGCAGCUUGCUGAUGUGAACGAGCCUAAUAUGUGGGUUGUUCGAUGUAAGCCCGGCAAGGAAAAAGAUAUUGUUCUCACGCUCAUGAGACGAGUCAGCGACGCCGAGCAAUACGGAGGAUCAACUUCAAAGAUUUUUUCUGCUUCUUGUAGAGAUUCCUUAAAGGGUUAUGUGUACAUAGAAGCGAGAAAGCUCGCCGACGUUCAAGCGGCUGUUCAGAAUGUCAACAAUGUAUUUGCUACAAAAAUACAGCUUGUGCCUGUAGACGAGCGUGCUGAUGUAAUUGUAAUAAAAUCUAAACGCGUCGAUCUUAAACCCAAUAGUUGGGUAAAGAUUAAGAAAGGUCGUAACGCUGGAGAAUUGGCGCAGGUUGUUGACAUAUCAGAAACUGGAGAUUCGGCAAGAGUUAAACUUGUGGCAAAGAAAGAUGAUCCAUUGUCCGGGGAUAAACGUAAAAAGCCGGCACAUGCUAAUAAUUAUAAGCGCGGAUACAUAGAGAGAGAUGUCAAAAUUUCAAACCUGAUCGUAGAUGAUGUAAGUCCAUCAGUUGACGAAAUCACAGCGUUUGCCGCAGCUCAGUUUGAGGAGGGAGCUACAAUCGCAACCUUAGCCAUCGACAGCCCACUCACGGCGGCCAUCAAAACUGAUUUCCAACCUGGCGACAUAGUAGAAGUAGUGGAUGGUGGUGAAGCAGGCUUGUAUGGAACCGUUGAUGUAGUAGAAUUGGGGAUGGUCACCUUUACUGUUUCGCCUGACAUCAACAGUGGCGCAUUACAAAAAGCUGUUGUGGAAGCCAGUCGAUUGAGGAAAAAAUUCUCACAAGGAGAUCAUGUUAAAGUACUUAAUGGCAAGCAUAAAGAUGCCACGGGAAUGGUAUUAGAAGUCAAAGGAACAACAGUUACUCUGGUUCUCGAUGAUACUAUGGAGGAGGCUGUGGUGUUCUCAAAAGAUGUCAAGAGAGCUGCUGAUGCCACAAAGAGUGUGACGUCUGAGAGCAAAUAUGAACUACAUGAAUUCGUUCAGCUAUUCAAUGGUACGUAUGGUAUCAUUGUCGGAAUCGAGCGUGGAUCCUAUCGUAUCCUUAGUGACGACGGGAUUGUACGAAGCGUUGAGGCAGUAGAGAUAUCAAGGAAGCUCGAUACUCGACGGGCGCAAGUCAAAGAUUCACACGGAAAUACCUUACAGCAAGGCGACUUGGCACAAGAAACUAUUCGAGAGAUGCGUGAGGGCAAGAUAUUACAUAUAUUCAAACACACGGCCUUUUUAUUAUCUCGUGACGUCUCUGAAAAUGGUGGUGUGUUUUUCACACGAUGGAAAAGUCUCAUCAACAAGAAUUCAACCACGACCGCACCGAAACUCGAUCAAAUAAAUCCAGCAGUUUACGGUAACCGGCAGUUGGAUAGAUCUCAAGGACAGAAUCGCGGUUUCAAUAAUCGUGGUUAUGGUGAAAGAGGAGGAUAUGAUCGCAUGCGCGGAAAGAAUGGUAGAGGACGAGGAAGAGGACGAGGAAGAAAGGACCAUUUAAUUGAUCAGACAGUUACUAUCGUCAAAGGUCCUUAUAAAGGCUAUAUGGGUAUUGUAAAGGAUACCACAGAAACCAUGGCAAGAGUGGAAUUGCAUACGGAUAGUAGAAUAUUGAACGUUGAGAAGGCUAAAUUAAUGAUGAAAGAUUCGAGCGGAAUUAUCCGACCAAUUGCAUCUGACUUCCAACCCAGAGAGCGCGAUCUAGAUACGUCCAGCAAUUACGGCGCAUCGUCACCUUAUUCCCCCAGUGGUUGGUCGUCAUCUCCUCGUACACCGUCCUGGGCUGGUAGCCGUACACCGGCCUAUUCCUCGGCUAUGACACCCAAUCCACACGCCGACGGCUCGCGCACGCCCGCUAUUCAUUCAAUGAAUGAUGGCUCACAAACACCGGCAUGGGACAUUGGCAGUAAAACGCCGGCAUGGAUAGGCGGAUCAAGUGAUGGAUCGCCGCGAUGGGGCGAUGGCGGGUUAACUCCUAGGUGGAAUGAUAUUUCUGCACCUACUCCUGCCCCGGAGACUCCGAGAUUUUCUGCACCGACGCCGGCGCCAGUCACACCCAAUUUCCUUGCGGCAACACCUGCUGCGGAUGGGCCGAAUUUCGUGCCAACGCCGAAGCAUCUUCCACCCACUACUCCUGAGCCUAUGACUCCAGGACUGUUUGUACCGGCGACUCCACACUUCAUACCUGCUACUCCCAUGGCUGCUGGCGGUGAUUAUGCUGAUGGGACCUUGAAUUCGGAAUAA